GAGCGGAGAGCAGGGGAUGACAUACACGUCUUCUUUCUCGUCCAGCUCUUUGCUUUUUUAUCCUCCAAUGUUGGACCCCAUGGCUUUCUCCUUGUGAACCAUACUUGGACUCGCAAGUCUUCAUCGCCCAAACCCCUCUCUCUCUAAACUGUUCAAUUCCAUUUCUCUCUCUACUACCCACCUAAUUUUACUCCCAUUAGGGUUUUGCGAUUCAUGAUCGAUAUGGGUUCCGAAGGAUCGAGGGUUGUCGUUCCUAGAAAUUUCAGAUUGUUGGAAGAGCUUGAGAGAGGUGAAAAAGGAAUUGGAGAUGGAACUGUUAGUUACGGAAUGGAUGAUGCUGAUGAUAUAUUCAUGCAGUCAUGGACUGGAACUAUUAUUGGACCCUCUAAUACUGUGCAUGAAGGAAGAAUCUACCAAUUGAAACUAUUCUGUGGAAAGGAAUAUCCAGAUACUCCACCAACAGUCAGGUUCCAAACACGGAUAAACAUGACCUGUGUCAACCAAGAAAGUGGGAUGGUUGAACCAAGUCUUUUCCCGAUGCUUGCUAAUUGGCAAAGAGAGUACACUAUGGAGGACAUUUUGACACAGUUGAAGAAAGAUAUGAUGUCGCCACAAAACCGUAAGCUAGCUCAGCCACCCGAAGGUUCGUUUCAGCAUUUCUUCUUUUUCUCUUCAUGGCGUAUAAGUUCUUUAGAAGCAUGUAUCUUAGAACUUGAUGAAAACAGUAGCCAUACAGCAUAUUUGAUUUUUUUUCUCAUGGCAUUUUUAUUCUUUAUAUCUUAGCCAUAGUAUUAUGCAUGCAUGUAAAUCUUUGUGAAAUCUGUGGUUACAUGGCAUAUUCAAAAUAAAUUUACAAGUUUUUUCUUUCACCCCGAAAACAUAUGACUAAGGAAUUGAUUAACAGAAAUCUGAAGAUGGUUUUGGAAAGGUGGACUAAUAGUUUUUUUUUUCGGUGAAAGGUGGACUAAUAUUAUUAAAUUGAGUUGUAAAUAUGGGUUAUUAAACAGCCCAUUGCCGUAAUCUAACUGGAAUUGUAACACUUACAAACUAUCAAACUUUUGUUGCUACCAAAAACAUGGCUUAUCAUCAUCAUCUUGCCCUUCAUAUUAUAGUUCUUGUUUUUUACAAGAUUGUAGGUAACAGAGCUCUGUGGACUAGAUGCAAUGAAAAUCAUGUGUUUGCUAGUUUAUGUGAUUCGGAUCUUCUUGAAUUCUCUUUUCUUUUUUCCUAUUAAAGAGAGGGAGAGCUCUGAACAAUGUAUAUGAAAGAAUCGUAUGUGUGUUGAUCAAUCUGAUUAUAUUUCUUGUGUUAAUUGUCAGGUAACGACGAGGGAAGGAUCGAUCAAAAAGGGUUGGUGCUGAAAUGUUGCAUUAUCUAAAGGUGAGAACAACGAUUUCGGAUGAUGAUACUGUAUAUAAAUAUAUAAACUGGAUAAAACCAGUUCACGAGAGCAAUUUAUGUGCCCAAUGUCUUUAAAUGUAAUUAAAGGAGAAUUUGCAUUUGGAACCUUGAGCCGUUUGAGUUGUGACAGACAUCACUCUCUCGCCAAUUCUCACCACCUAUCUUGUUCAUCAUUAUUUAGUUAUCUUUGUCUUUCCAAUUCAAAGACCUUAUAUUCUAGAUGUUUAAAUGGAAUCCGUACUCUGUUGUGAGUGUUUUUCAUA